UUGUCAGCAACUCUUAAACAACUCUGCCAUUACACAGAUCUCACGAGAAACUUUCAACCCAACUUAUCAUAAAGAUGGUCCUUUACCUCUUCUUUUAUAUUUUCUUCUUUACCCCAGGACUCUCAGUGAGCAUGUGCACUGUAAAUGUCGCACAGCCCCAGGAGCAUCUUGAUGGGAGAUUUAACCAGUCAGUCAACAUCACCUGCCACGUCAACAUAUCCUGCCCAAACAAAAAACCUGUUGUGCAAUGGUAUGUGUUCACAACAGACUCCUAUCUUCAACUGGAUAUAAAAAAUCAGCCAAAGAAGUAUAAAUUGCAAGGCACAGACCUACACAUCACCUGGCUCUCACAAAGCAAUAAUGGCGUGUAUUACUGCGCUGCGUUUGACAAUGAUUCAAAAAACAGUGGUGCACAGGCUAUUGGGACUGGCACAACACUGACAGUGAAAGAAAAUGAAAAUGACAAUAACAUUGGAAACAUUCUGCUGAUCAUACUGGUGGUCUUACUGUCCCUCUAUAGUUUAAUCAUCCUGGCUCUCUUCAUCUGUAUAAAGACUGGACGAGCCACACUGUUUAACAGAAGACAAACUCAAAGCCAGAGCAAGGGUGACUCAACCAGGAGAGUCCACUUCAGAGUUGUGGUGCAAGAACUGUACAGCAAGCGGAACUUGCGAAGAAACAAGAAAAACAGGCACACUGAAGUUUCACAGGAAAAUAAGGUUGAAAAUCCACGGUCCCACACUGAGAGAGAAGACGUAUACCAAAACCUGAACAGGUCCCGAUAAAACAUCAGCUCAAACACCAAAACCCCUCAGCUUUAUAGUAUAAAAAGAAGAAGAAAAAAACAAAAACAAAGCAGAAGUGACGGAAAGAAGAACCUUCAGCUUGGGAACCAACUCUUACUCCUUUGUCUUACUCUACUAUAAUAAGCCAAACUGAGAAAAUAUUUUAGUGUGACACUGGAACCAUUGCCACAGACUCUCCUGUGUUGUGGUGGUGAGGGGUGCUGUUCUCUGUUUCACAUCUCCAUAGUGCUUCAUUGCCUGUUUAAAAUAUGUUUUUUUUAAAACUUCUUAGUGAUAGAAUAAUAGUUUUUUUUAAUGAAUCUGUUCAGUACUGCUCCUGAAGUAAAUUGAACUGAGGAAAAAUAUUAACGAAUUAGCUGCUAAAGUUUUAAGAAUGGAUGCAACUUUUUUCUUUUUCUUUUUUUUUUUGCUGGUAAAGGUGUAUAAUUAGGCAGCAGAUGAUUUAUAUUAAAUGCAGACCAGAAUAAAUCAGACCAGAAUAUCUAAGACAGAAGAACACACGUGUGGCUGCCUGGGAAAACCCAUCACAUUGUGAAAUUUUGACAUUUUGAGCUAUAUAUAUUUCUGGAAACUCCAGGCUUUUUUUUUUUUUUAACUGAAAUGUGUUUUCCUUUUCUGUGGCUCUCAAUCAGGAAUGCAGUUCUACUGUUGUCAAAGGUACAAAGGGAGAAAACUGAAUUUAAAGAUCAUGGGCCUUUUGACAGCCUGUCUGACUACAAACUGAAUUCAUUGCCAUUUUGUUAUCGCACAUAGCUAUGAGCCAGGUUAAGCAAAGCCUGAAAUUGUGUGAGAAAUGUAUUCAUUGCUGCGCUUAUUAAACUGGUUCCUUAUCCCACCUCAUCUUUUCAA